AAAGCUUAACAUGUGAGUGUGACAGUUCAUUCUAUAAUUCCUAAAUAAAAAAUAAAUAAAAAUAAGUAGAAACAUAUGAAACUGGGAACACUUUACUGUUUCGAAAGCUGUAUCUAUCAAUUAUCUAAAAUAUGUCGGGAUUCAAUCCAUUUGCAGCAUUGAUGGAGAAUGACGAUUCCAAAAAAAGUAGAAAACCUAGUCUCAGUAGCACAUUGGAGAAUAUUUUUGGUUUUACCAUAAACCCACAGCACUGCAAGAGUGAAGAACUUCUGUACUUGGAAGAAGUUCACAACGUUCACGAAAAAAGUGAACUAGAAUUAGAUCUUCUACAGUAUGCCCUUUUUGAGAGGCUCUUCAUGUGCAAUGAGAACUCAGAUCUCAGAAAUAGUGCUACCAACUGCAGCUCAAAUAGUAAUUCACGUGAAAUCAAAGUUAUCAAAUACCUCUAUACAUGUCUAGAGAAUCUGAAAGAAUAUAAAUCACAUCUUAAACCUGAGGAGGAGACUGAAAUUAGAGACAAGAUAAUGCAGAAUGUUGCAACAGCCAUUAUUCAACCUGAUAUUUACUCUGGCCAAGACAUACCAGAAGAAAUGCUGCUCAUUAUUAUCAAUGACACAUUUGAAGCAGACACAUUUUUUAUAGAAAUAAGCAAACGUGUUUUAGAUGAUGAUAAGAGUAAGGAUUCAUUGAGGAACUUAAUUCAUUCCAUGAAUUCAAAACUAGUAAAGAUAUUGGUGAAAUGUAGCUUAUCAAAUUUGACACCAUCAACAUACAAAUACUUGGAGGUGAUGUCAAGUAAUGAGCUGUUAGCAGAAUUGUUCAUUGACAGUUGUGCCCCAAAAAAUGGAAAUGUAGGGGUAGACUAUGCCGUCACUCCAAUUGGUGCCUUUUUGAAUAUGUCUGUGCUUCCAAAAUCUCCUGGAGGAAAGUUUGAAUACUUUACUGAUUCAUUAGAUCAAAUGGGCCAAUCUAAUACUGAGGACCUCAUCUGGGUAUACCAGGAAAAACUCAAUGAAAAGCUCCAUAAAUUCUUCCUCUCAAUGCUGAAGUGUAGUGCACAAGUCAGAGACAAAACACUCCGCUGGCUGGGCGGCUGCCUCAAGACCAACGCGGCGCGUGGCAAAAUCUGGAACGCCCAAAUGAUCGAUCUGAAUCCGGCCGUGUACGCAUGCGUCACCGACGGCUUCGCCAUCAACUUGUGCCACCUGUUGUUGGGGCUGUGCCAGCCAUUUUGCGGCAACAUCGCCGAUGGCAAGAUACUCAAGGUCGACCCCACCUAUUACGCGGUACCGAAUGAUAAGGCGGAAGAAAAGAACGUCCACAUGAAGGACAUGUCGGAAGAAACGUGUUUUUUGCCGGUCGAUAGUAUCGACGAGGCCGAAGAACAACGUCCUAUGGCCGACUCGUAUAAUUUCGUCACCGAAUGCUUCUUCAUGGCGCAUCGGGCCGUCGAUCUGGGCUAUCGGGUCGCUGUCGAUAAACUCGUCAAACAAAAUCAAGAAAUGGGUCGAAUACAAAGGGCUUUCAAUGAUGCCCUUCAACAGGCUGGGGGGAAUUCGGAUUUAGUGGGCACCAUCAAGGACAGAAUGUCAGAAGAAUUAGCAAAAUAUUUAUCAUUGAAAUGUGCCUUAUCGAGUCCCGACCUGAUUCGUAAAUUGUUCGAUUUGAUAUCAGCCACCACCUAUUGGCUGUGUCAAGUUGCUGUACAUGAUAAUUUCAAGGACACUUCCAGCUACGCUCCCCUCAAACAAUUGCCGGUGAAUUUUCCACUGGACAAUAAAAUACCAAAUACUCUCAAAUGCACUCCAGAGUACAUUGUAGAAAACGUGGUGUCGUUCCUGGUGUUUUUGCGUCGUUUCUCCCCGAAAGUGUUCGGCGAACAGGGCUACGACAAGCUGAGUCCCGUGCUGACCUUCGUUCUGAUCUACAUCGGUUCCGAGCACCGUCUCAAGAACCCACAUGUCAGGGCAAGACUGGCAGAAGGUCUCGAGUCCCUGUUGCCUUUUCAUAAAGAAGACCAGCAAACAACGAGCCAUCUAGGGUCGUCUCAAAGGCAGAGGCUAUUUACUGAUCAUCCUCAUAGGCUACAAAUCGUGAAUAAUUUGAUGAAAGUAUUCGUUGGUAUCGAGAUGACAGGCCAGAGUGUUGAAUUCGAACAGAAAUUCAACUAUCGCAGACCUAUGUAUAUAGUUUUCGAUUAUGUGUGGGAGUUGCCUGAACACAUGGAAUGUUUCAGGGCGUUAGCGAAAGAAGCAGAAGAAAACAUGGAAGCUGUGAAUCCGCCAUUGUUUUUAAAAUUCGCCAAUUUGUUGAUAAAUGACGCCAUAUUUUUAUUGGACGAAGCUCUAGCUCAUAUGGCCAAACUGAGAGAAAUGCAACAAGCACAAUCAGAGAAAAGGUUCAUUGAGUCCGGUGUACCCCAGGGAUCACACCUAGGCCCACUACUGUUCAGUAUAUUCAUUAGCGAAAUUGAGGACCAGUUUGGUAAUUCCAAAAUGAAAUUAUUUGCAGAUGAUUUGAGAGGAUAUAAAGAAAUUAGGCAACCAUCUGACUACCACAGGGAUAGAGGUGAAUGGGCCGAUCUGGGUCCCAGAGAAAGAACCCAGAACAUCUCUUAUAUGCAGCACAUCGGCAAUCUGGCGAAAUUCGACAACAUCUUAGGAAAAGACACCAUCAGAACGUUGGAAAGAUUGACAUCGAAAAUCAGCAGCGUCUUCACCCAUUCCACUAUGGUGGACAGGAUAGCGGCCAUGUUGAACUAUUUUUUGUUGAAUUUGGUCGGACCGAACAAGAAGAAUUUCAAGGUGAAGGACGCUAGCGAGUACCAUUUCCGGCCGGCCGACACCGUCCUGGAGAUAUGCAAGAUCUACGCCCACUUGAAAGACAGCGCCGCCUUUCUGUGUGCCGUAUCGCAAGAUGGCCGCUCCUACAGCCCCGAAUUGUUCGCCUUGGCCGAGGAGGUGCUCGUACGGAUCGGGGGUGGUGCGCUCAUCGGGGACCUCAAAGAAGUUGCCGAAAAGGUGGCGGAAAAGUCUAGGGAGAAUCAGGCGAACGAGGAAGCGUCGAGCGAGGCCCCAGAGCACUUUUUGGACCCCAUUAUGUCCACGUUGAUGAGCGACCCCGUCAUUCUGCCCAGUUCCAAACAAACCGUCGACAGGAGCACCAUUGCCAGGCAUCUUCUCAGCGAUCAGACCGAUCCCUUCAACAGAUCUCCUCUUUCCAUGGAUCAAGUGAUGCCGAAUACGGAGUUAGCCGAGGAAAUACGAAGAUGGUUGCAGGAGAGGAGGGGCGGGGGUAGUUGAAUGUGAACACCAAGGAAUAUUUCUAGGGUUCACGGAAGGUGGGGAUACGGAAUGGAUGAUAACGGGAGUUUUUUAUUUGAUGUCAGGAAAUUUUGGAAUUUCAUCCUGUGAAUGUAAUUUUUUUUUCUAUGUGAACUUGCAAUAAUGUGAUGUCUUGUGAUUUGAUUGUAUGAAUUCUUUUAAGGUAUAUUUGAUUGAUUUUCAGAUAUAAUUGGGUAUAUAUAGAUUUUUACUUUAUGAUACCCUACUUAUCUUUAUUCCAAUAUUAUAUUAUUCAUUCCAAUUUGCUAUGUCGCCUGUUUUUCUAAUUCAAUUUGUACCUAUUUGUUGAUGAUAAUCCAAUAGAUAUUUAUUUAUG